AUGUCACGGUCGCACCUUCUGCUGUGCCAGGAUUUAAGGCUGGCGUUGCAGAAGAUAACCUCAUCGCCACCAAUUCUGAUGCUCCGUGGUGACCAAUGGGGUCACUACAGACAAUAUCGACAGUCAAAACCUCCUCCGACGCUUGAACCUAUCCAGCAGAACCUCGCGAAAACCCAACCCCUUAAGCCGCAUAUCUAUCGAACAGGUGAGUGGGCCGCGCUUGAAGAAGACGUAGGGGGAAGACUAGAGCGUGGUAAGACUCUUAAAGUCGUCUCUUGGAACAUUUACAUGCACCGUUUCUGGGCAGAGGAACGAAUAUCCGCAGCGUUAAAAUAUCUGAGAAAAGUUUUCGGAGAUAAACCCGAUUCAACCGUGAUCAUGCUUCAGGAGGUCCGCAGAGAAUCUCUUCGGACCAUCUUGGAAGAUGCGUGGGUUCAACAGAUCUUCAUGUUGUCGAACAUCAAUCCUCCUCAAGAUCUUUACUUCGAUAUUCCUGACGAAUCUUUCAUCCUGAAGCUCGUGGAAUGGAAGUCAGCACCAUAUUUCACCCUGAUGCUGAUCUCAAGGGACCUUGGUGUUCUAAACUGUUUUCGUGUCCCAUUUGUUACGAACAUGGGAAGAGACGCUUUGGUAAUUGACAUUCCCAUAGCGAACAAGGACAUGUCUUCUUCGGCAAGGGAGUCUCUUCGUCUCUGUACGACGCAUCUGGAAUCUCUCCCGGAUGACAGGGGCUACCGUCCCAGCCAAUUGGCUUUAAUCUCAACUCUCCUGAAAGGAGUACCACCGAUGAAAUACAAGAUCGCGGCAGGACUUGUUGGUGGUGAUAUGAACUCAAUCGAAAAGUCAGAACACGAGUUCCACAAGCGGGAUGAUAUUAACUUGAAGGACGUCUGGGAGGACGUUCCGGCGCCACCGGUCCCCCAGUUGAAGCCUUUCCAGAAGGACCUCACUUAUGGCAGAGCGAAAGGAAACACCUACUGUUAUCAGUCAUCGGGCAGGAAUCGCUGGAUGAAGCGCUUGGACAAAUUUUUCUACACCGGCUCACUAGAAACCAGCCCUCUCAGUGAGAUUCAAGACGUUGCUGGCAAAUUAGGUCGGCUUGGUAUAGGUCUGAAAACGGAAGUGGAUGCUUGGGAGUGGACAGCCUCACCAUGGACCCUUAAAAGAAACAAGGUGUUGAAUAAGCCAAUCAAGGAGUAUUGGCCCUUACAUGCCUUCUCGGGCCAACACCUACAGCGGAAAGACCUUGUUCAUGUUAAACAUGAAUGUUGGGUUAGCGAUCAUUUCGGCAUCGCUGUUGGUGUCAAAGUGGUUUAA